AUGGCAGUUGGCACCAGUGUCCACGCGGAGGUAACGCCUCUUGCACCUCAACAACAGCGCAAACCCAAGCCUGCCGUCAAAAAAAUCCACUACCCGUUCUGGUUCGGCGGCUCAGCCUCAUGCUUUGCCGCCGCGGUCACGCAUCCAUUGGAUCUCGUCAAGGUCCGCUUACAAACGCGUGCUCCCGGAUCUCCAAAGUCCAUGCUGGGCACGUUCGUGCAUGUUUUUAAGAAUGGUGGUAUCCUGGGACUAUACAGUGGCCUUUCCGCAGCCAUUCUGCGACAGAUGACCUACUCAACAACUCGGUUCGGUGUCUACGAGGAGUUGAAGUCCCGCUUUACCAGUCCUGAUGCGCCUCCGGGUUUGCUCAGUUUAUUAUGGAUGGGCUGCUUCUCUGGGUUUCUCGGUGGCAUCGCUGGUAACCCCGCUGACGUCCUCAACGUGCGCAUGCAGUCCGAUGCAGCUUUGCCUCCUGAGCAACGACGAAAUUAUAAAAAUGCCGUUCAUGGCUUGAUUCGCAUGACUCGCGAUGAGGGUGUCACGAGCUUGUUUCGUGGUGUUUGGCCGAAUUCUACACGAGCGGUGCUCAUGACCGCUUCUCAGCUUGUCACGUACGACAUAUUCAAACAGAUGUGCACUGACCGCUUGGGUAUGCCUGAUAGUCUGUCGGCGCAUUUUACAGCUUCAAUUGCAGCUGGCUUCGUGGCUACCACCGUUUGUAGUCCCGUCGAUGUCAUCAAGACCCGUGUUAUGAGCGCGUCUCCUGCCGAGAGCAAAAGCGGUAUCAUGCAUUUGCUCAAGGAAAUAUACCGCAAAGAGGGCGUGUCCUGGAUGUUCCGAGGCUGGUUGCCGUCGUUCAUGCGCCUUGGUCCUCAUACCAUUGCAACAUUUCUAUUUUUGGAAGAACAUAAGAAGAUAUAUCGCAAGAUUAAAGGGUUAUAG